CUCGAACGAUCUUGAAAUGACAAAUAAAACCUGCUUUAUAACCUUCUUGAUAAUUAGUUUUGUUUAUUUUACAAAUAUUUUACUAAUCACUAGAAUUGAUUAUUAACAUGAAAGGUGUUAUUAUUUUUAGCUCUGAUUUUCUAUAAAUACUUUUAAGUUUUGUCAUAAAAUGGAAAAAGAAUCGGUAAAUACUUCCCAAGAUGAAAAAGAAGUGCCUAAUGAGUCUGAAGCAAAAAAUGAAGCUACUGAAGUUUUUAAAAAACCAGUCUUUAUCGGACCACGGAAAGGAACCAAAGUCUCAAUCAAGAAAUCUGUCAAUAAAAGUUCCACUAGUGAAGAAACAGUUGAAGAUUUUUUUGAAGGACCAAAUGUAAUAGAAUUACAACCAGAACCUAUAUCCAAUUUUCCCUCUCUUCCUUACAGUGAGCCAAAUUGGAAAGGUUUACCCAAUGAUGAUUAUUUUCUUGAGGAGCUGAAAUCAGGAGUAAUACAAAAAAGGAUGAAUCUUCGUAAAAAGUCAUUUGUUGUUUUUGGAAGAAUUGAUUCAUGUGAUGUUGUUAUGGCCCACCCCACUGUUUCUCGUUAUCAUGCUGUUUUACAAUAUCGAGGAGUACCUGAUGGAGAUUUAGAUAAAGGAUUUUAUUUGUAUGAUCUUGACAGCACUCAUGGUACUUUUCUGAAUAAAGGAAGGUUGAAACCAAAAAUAUAUGCUAGAAUAAAGGUUGGUCAUAUGAUAAAGUUUGGAUGUAGUACUAGAUUUUUCCUUCUUCAAGGACCAGAAUAUGAUCAAGAAGAGGAAUCUGAUCUAACUUUGACCGAACUUAAAGAAAAAAGAAAACUCGAAUUGGAAGAAAAAACACGAAAGGAAGAAGAAGAAUUAAGGUUGAAACUUGAAGAAGAAGAAAAAGAAAAGCAGUUGAUUGAAGAGAGAGGAAUAUCUUGGGGUUUAGAUGAUGAUGCGGACGAUGAAGAAGAUUUGAGUGAAAAUCCAUAUGCUGUGAUAACCAACGAAGAAUUGUAUAUUGAUGAUCCUAAAAAGGCUUUAAGGCACUGGUUUGAAAGGGAAGGUGAAGAACUUCAAUUCCUAACUGAACAAGCUGAAAAAGGAAUGAUUGCCUGUAAGAUUGUGCUACCACUUGAUGAUGGUGGUGGAAAAGAAAUGGUAGUGGAGUUUUCGGCAAGGAGUAAAAAAGAAGCUCAAGUUCAGUGUGCUCUUGAAGCAUGUAGGCAGAUAGACAAGUUGGGAUUGUUUCGACAAUCUAAGCAAGAGUCUAAAAGACACCAGAAAAGAAAUUGGGAGGAAAAUGAUUAUUAUGAUAGUGACGAAGAUAGUUUUUUUGAUAGAACUGGAGACUUGGACCUUAAACGACAAAAAAGGAUGAAGAAAGCAGGAAAAAUUCAAGAAACUGUGGAAACUUAUGAAUCAUUGAUGGCUAAGCAUAAUGAUGUUACUGAACGGCUGAAGGAAUCACAGCUGAAGUUGCAGAAAUUGUUGGACUUAAGCCAAGUUGAAACUGAAAAUGAAAAUGAAGAUCAAGAUGCAUUAGAUAAAUUUAUGAAAACACUGAAACAUGAUAAGCCUGCUAAAUUGGAUAUUAAAAUUGCUAGGGAUGAAGUUGAAAAGUUAAAGAAGGAAGAAGAUCAUUUGCGGAAGCUGAUAAAUAUUGUAAAACCAACAACCUUACCAGAAUUAAAACCAUUUAAAGUUGAUCCUGUUCCCAAUAAACAAAAAAAUACUCAAUCUGAAAAAAAGUUAGAAAAAGUUGAGACCAAAGAAACAAAAGUUAUCAAAUCUGAUAUCCAUACUAAAGAAGAAGAUACUGUUGAAAUAAAAAAGAAAAAGGUCUUUGGCCCAACGAUACCUAAAGACAAGCUUCCUGCUUAUCAGAAACCUAAGAAGAAAGAGCUUCAUAAUUUGUCUAAAAAAACUGCUAAAGUUAAUUCGGAGAUAACAGCAGAUCCAGAUGAAGACUGUGUUAAUUUGGUUUGGCAACCACCAAAAGGGCAAACUGGUGAUGGAAGAACUAGUUUGAACGAAAAAUUUGGAUAUUAAUGUGCAAAAAACAUCCAAUAAACAAACAGGACUGUUACAAACCUUUUCCAUUUGUAAUUAUUGUUUUGUAAAUAUGACAAUAAAUCUAAUUUAAUUUUUGUAUUUUA